AUGGCUACACUACCAUCUUCACCUUCUCUGCAACUGUCAACAAAAACAUCAGCAGCAACUCAUUUCCCUUCCCCACUCGUCGCAUUCUCAAUCAAACCCCACGUGCCCAAACUCUCCUUCGCCACCCGUGCAACCACAGAUGACAAAAAAUCAGAUACAACCCAAGAACCCGAGUCAAAACCCGGAUCUGCAUCUGAUGACCAAUUCGAGAGCCGCCUGUCUCAAGUCCGACUUCGAUACCGAAGCGGGACCGGCAAGAAAGCAGAGCUCCGAAAAGCUAAGAAAGGAAAAUCCUCAUCUGGGUCCGGGUCAGGAUCGGGAAUGUACCUGCCUCCAGCUCCUUUAAAGGAAUCGGUUUCUGAUGGGUUAAAAGUGGAAUUCGGGUUUAGCCCGUAUAGUGAACGAGUAAACGGGCGGAUCGCAAUUCUUGGGUUAUCAGCUUUGUUAUUAGUAGAGCUUGCAACGGGUAAAAGUGUAAUUAACUAUCACACACCACCAAUUGUGUUGAUUCAGAUUUAUUUUGUAGCUGCGGUUACUGCUUUGUAUGUUAAGUACGAGAAAGAGAAAGUUAGUAUCUGGCCUGAAUCUUCUCCUGGCAAGGAAUGA